UUUUCUUUUUCUGACAAUCGCUCAGACUCUCUCAAUGGCGAUUAAUGCUAUCAUGAUAAAUAGAAUUUAAAUAAAAUUUUGAUUAUAUUUGGUGAAGUUUACUGUGACAAUCAAUCUCCUUGAUUUGAUUUUGACGGGCGAUUCAAUUAGUUGGGAUUUUGCUGAUAAGCUGUAAGAACCUCAAUUGUGAAGAAAUGUCAGGUGGACCUGGACUUGAGUCUCUUGUUGAUCAGCAAAUCUCGGUUAUAACAAAUGAUGGGCGAAAUAUAGUGGGAGUUCUAAAAGGUUUUGACCAGGCUACCAAUAUCAUUCUGGAUGAAUCUCAUGAAAGGGUUUACUCUACAAAGGAAGGUGUCCAACAACUUGUAUUAGGCUUGUACAUCAUAAGGGGUGACAACAUAAGUAUUGUUGGGGAAGUAGAUGAAGAACUCGACUCCAAUCUAGACAUGUCAAAAUUAAGAGCACAUCCUCUUAAACCAAUAAUUCACUGAUUAUAACAUUAUAGGAAGGUAUGCUAUCUUAAGUUUUGGAGAUUCUAGACUUAAAAAGUGAUGUAAGAAUGAAAUUGGCUGUAAGAUCUGAAGACCCAAAUACUUAUCAUGUAUUUACUAGAAUUCAUUCAGGUUUCAAACCAACACUUAGAUUCUUUGUACAUUUUUCGAAGCUUGUUUUUUUCCUUUUUUUUUAAUGGUUGGGCAUCUUAAAAUUUUUGAACUCUCA